GGUUUCUGGUCCUGCUUACUGCAUAGUACCUAGUUGGUCGCAUCCACUAUCGUAUCAUUAGCCACAGCUAGCAACAACCUCAUUGGAGGGGUUACUUGGUUGAAUGCCUCCUUACCCAAGUUUACGCCGUCUCCACGCCUGAUUAAGCCCCAAACUUUCGAAUACAACCUACCUCUUACUUAUGUCCAAGUCGCUGCUUUAAUACCCUGCAUGGUUAUCCCUUAGGAAGAUUCCCCAGAAGAGGCAGAUAACUCAUGGCUGACGUGGACGUUGCGCCGACCUUCGGCGCCGAGCUCAAGGAUGGCUUCAAGCCAGCCAACGCCUGGGUGGCCAGCGGCAUCGCAUGGCUCGAUGAUAUCCAAACCUUUUACCGCGAGAGGAGCCUGAUCGAAAAGGAGUACAGCGCCAAACUCUCCGCGCUGGCGAAGAAAUACUUUGAGAAGAAAUCCAAGAAGUCGACAAGCCUAAGUGUUGGCGACACCCCGGCGAUGACCCCUGGAUCUCUCGAGAGCGCAUCACUGACGACCUGGACGACCCACCUCACGACGCUCGAGGCUCGCGCCGAAGAGCACGACAAGUACGGCAAUGACCUCGUCAAUAAGGUUGCCGAACCUCUAAAGUAUAUAUCAGGCCGGUUUGAGGAGCUCCGGAAACGCCAUGUGGAAUAUGCCGAGAAGCUGGAAAAAGAAAGGGAUUCAUCGUACGCCGACUUACGCAAGGUGAAGGCCAAAUACGACGCGACUUGUCAGGAGGUGGAAAGCAAACGCAAGAAAUCAGAAUCCUCAUUCGACAAGGCGAAGGCCCAGAGCGCCUAUCAGCAGCAGAUUCUGGAGAUGAACAAUAUCAAGAAUACCUACCUGAUCGCCAUCAACGUGACGAAUAGGCAGAAGGAGAGGUACUACCACGAAUAUGUCCCGGAGCUUAUGGACAGCUUGCAAGACCUCUCCGAGUUCCGCACAAUCAAACUUAAUGGCAUCUGGUCGUUAGCUGCACAGCUCGAGACCGGGAUGCUCCAGAGAAGCUCCGCCCAGGUCGACCACUUGUCACAGGAGAUCACGAGAAAUCAGCCGUACUUGGACUCGAUGAUGUAUAUACGACACAACAUGGGCGCUUGGCAAGAGCCGUUAGACAAACUUUUUGAACCGAGCCCGGUUUGGCACGACGACGCCACGAUGGUCGUCGACGAGGCCGCGAAAGUCUAUCUACGGAACGUCCUGAACAAAUCCAAGGGUCAGCUAGGUGACCUCCGCCGAGAAGUGGACAAGAAGAGACGCGAGGUCGAGGCUGUGAAGCGAGUGAAGCAAAAAGUCAGGGAGGGCACCGAGAAAAGGGACGAAGUCGCCGUGGUUUCGCAAAUAUUCGCAAUGCAAGAAGAUCUACACCAACUUGAUCACAGAAGAUUGACCGCGGAGAUCGAAACAUCUACCAUCACGUCAGCUGUUGGCGACGUGACGCUGGGCGCAAAGAACCAUAACUUCAAGUCUCAGACCUUCAAAAUCCCUACGAACUGCGAUCUUUGCGGGGAGAGGAUAUGGGGUUUAUCAGCAAAGGGGUUCGACUGUCGGGAUUGCGGGUACACAUGCCACAGCAAGUGCGAGAUGAAGGUCCCCGCAGAGUGCCCUGGGGAGCAGUCAAAAGAGGAACGCAAGAAGCUGAAGCAGGCGAGGCAGGAGGCUGCCAAUACUUUGUUAAAACCAAACUCCAAGCCCCCAGAUCACGUUGCGGAACUGCCAGCGAUGAGUCGGUCGGAUACGAUGAACUCUCUAAGUUCUGGGUACGCAGCCAGCGCGCGAAGAUCAGUGUCUGGGCCAAGAUCUCCCGCAGAGGAAAUACCACCAUCAGAACUUGCGAGUGCACAGCCGGCCAGCACAGUCACGUCCAAUACCUUGAGGAAGAAUCGUGUCGUUGCCCCUCCACCAGCAGCAUAUAUGAGCGAGCUGCCAGGUAGUGCCCCUAACGGCUCGGGAUCGCCUGCGGCUACAGAGCAGAAAGGGAAAAUGAUAUACACCUUCGACUCAGGGGGUGAAGGCGAGAUCAGUGUGCCGGAAGGGCGGGAGGUCGUGGUGCUAGAACUGGACACUGGAUCCGGCUGGACCAAGGUACGGGUUGGUUACAAGGAGGGAUUGGUGCCUGCAUCUUACAUCGAACUAUCUGCGCCCGCGCCCAUAGCGCCCCAAAACACGGGCCAGUCUGCCCGGCCGCCGUCGACCUACUCCAACAGCGGGUCAUCGAUAGGCACUGCGGCGCCGGCGGGGAAGAAGAAAGGCCCGGCUGUGGCACCGAGGCGCGGGGCAAAGAAAUUGAAAUACGCCGAGGCCCUCUACGAGUACAGUGCACAAAGCGACGCCGAACACAGCAUGGCGGCGGGCGAGAGGUUCGUCCUGAUCAAGGAGGAUCCGGGCGACGGCUGGGCGGAGGUUGAGAAGGGGGGAGUGACAAAGAGCGUACCCGCCAGUUAUAUCCAGGUGGUCUAGUGCACUAGCGUCACGGAGACGAGACGAAGGCGCCUCGACGUGCAUAAGGGAGCGUUGAGGCAUCCUGGAUAUUCCUGGAGGGCCCAGAUUCACUGGCGGCCAUGACGACUUCCAUUAUCUGCUUGGCCUUGCGCUUGGAAAGGUGGCAAAGCUUGUUCGCAUCAAUAUUUUAUGAUGGCGGCGCACUUUAGAAAGGAUAGCAUUGCAUACCUGAUACUUACUCCGGGUACUCCAAUUCAGGUGCAGGCGCUGUUCCUUCGGUUGAAGACAGCUCAGCGUCCAUGGCAGCUGCUAUUACUCCGGCCAGACACUAAGUAAGGUACCUAGGUUGUCAUCUGUCAGGCGGACGGGCCUGCUACCGAGACCAAUUCCAUGUCGC